AAAACAUGCUCUGCGCAAAACAUUUUCUUGUCGCCCCAUAACAUAUCGGCAGCACAUCUUCAAAGCAAAUGUCAACUGCCAAGCCUCUCUCAAGAACUGCCUGGCCUACCAUUCCCACCAACCUCUUCCUGGUAGGUGAAUUUUAAAGCUGAAAAAGAAGUGAAAUGAAACUAUUUCUAACCAGAGACGGGGUUGUUGACAAAAAGCCAUCGUCAUCAUACUUAAGAGCGACUGGUUAAAAGAGCAAGCGCAUAUCUCCCCGCCAAACCCUCUCCAGUUCACCUCCUUCAAUCUACCUAACUUACCUGCCGAUUUCAGUUCGAUUGAAGAAAAGCUUCAAUCUUUGCGAAUUACAGAGACAUGGCGAAAGCCAGCACGACGAUUCAAGGGUUACGUUUUAAUCCCAGCAGCCUCUCCAAACCGCGAACCUCUCCUUCACCUUCGUUCUUCUCCAGGUCAAACAGCCUGAACAAUCCAGCUGUUUCUAUUAAAUUCCCGCAGAAGACCAAUAAAGAUUCAAUUUUUACUUCCACCCGGCCUCCAUUACAGGUCCGGGCAUCGGUGGCAACCGCUGAGAAAAUAUCAAAAGCUCCGGAGGAGAUAGUUCUUGAACCUAUUAAAGAUAUUUCGGGCACCGUCAAGCUGCCCGGCUCCAAAUCACUCUCCAAUCGCAUCCUCCUCCUUGCUGCUCUUUCUCAGGGAACAACUGUGGUGGAAAAUUUACUGAACAGUGAUGAUGUCCAUUAUAUGCUUGGUGCCUUGAGAACACUCGGUCUUAGGGUUGAACAAGACAGUGCAAUUCAGCAAGCAACUGUAGAAGGUUCCGGCGGUCUCUUUCCUGUCAGUAAUGACUCAUCAAAUGAUGAAAUUCAACUAUUCCUUGGAAAUGCCGGAACAGCAAUGAGACCUUUGACUGCUGCAGUUGUUGCAGCCGGUGGAAAUGCGAGGUAUGUACUUGACGGAGUUCCUAGGAUGAGAGAAAGACCAAUUGGUGAUCUUGUCAUUGGUUUAAAGCAGCUUGGAGCAGAUGUUGAUUGUUAUAUGGGCACCAACUGUCCCCCGGUUCGAGUCAUCGGAAAGGGCGGCCUUCCAGGAGGAAAGGUGAAACUCUCAGGAUCAGUCAGCAGCCAAUAUUUGACUGCUUUACUAAUGGCUGCUCCUCUGGCUUUAGGCGAUGUGGAGAUUGAAAUAAUUGACAAACUAAUUUCAGUUCCAUAUGUUGAAAUGACUAUAAAGUUGAUGGAGCGCUUUGGGGUUAAUGUGCAUCACAGUGAUAACUGGGACAGUUUUUUUAUCCGGGGAGGUCAGAAAUACAUAUCUCCUGGAAAUGCUUAUGUGGAAGGUGAUGCUUCGAGUGCCAGUUACUUCUUAGCUGGUGCAGCUAUUACUGGGGGUACCAUCACAGUUGAAGGCUGUGGAACAAGCAGUUUACAGGGGGAUGUCAAGUUUGCUGAGGUUCUUGGGAAAAUGGGAGCUGAAGUGUCAUGGAGAGAGAACAGUGUAACUGUGAAAGGGCCGCCACGUUCCACUUCAACAAGGAAAAACUUACGUGGCAUUGAUGUCAACAUGAAUAAAAUGCCAGACGUUGCUAUGACUCUUGCUGUAGUUGCACUUUUUGCUGAUGGCCCCACUACCAUCCGAGACGUUGCUAGCUGGAGAGUAAAGGAAACCGAGCGGAUGAUUGCUAUAUGCACUGAGCUUAGAAAGUUGGGAGCAACAGUUGAGGAAGGUCCAGACUACUGUGUAAUCACCCCACCUGAGAAAUUGAACGUGACCGAAAUACAUACGUAUGACGAUCACAGAAUGGCUAUGGCUUUUUCUCUUGCUGCUUGUGCCGAUGUGCCUGUCACCAUUAAAGACCCUGGCUGUACUCGCAAGACUUUCCCAGAUUACUUUGAUGUUCUUGAGAAGUUCUCUAAGCAUUGAAGUUUUGUUUCCACUUUUUGUCUUCAUGUUCAUUAGUUAUGGUUCCAAAAGCUGUUAGAACUGGGUCUGAACAAAAAGGCCCUUUUAAUUUGCGGUUCUUGUGUAUUAUAAUUAUAAUAACUGAUUGAAUGAAAUAAAAUCUUAUGAUGUUGUUACUGCAUCUGGCGGGAUGAAAAAAUGAUGGGUUUCCCCUGUUGCAUUUUGUAUUGAAUUUAUUCAAGAAAGAGGGGUUUUCUCUCUUUUUUUGGUACACG